AUGGUGGCGUUUGCUGUCAUCAUCUCUGUGAUGAUGGUGAUCACCGGAUCACUCAACACCAUUUGUGCCAAAUGGGCAGACAGCAUCAAGGCCGACGGCGUUCCAUUCAACCAUCCCUUCCUUCAAGCGACGUGCAUGUUUUUCGGAGAGUUCCUUUGCCUCGUUGUAUUUUUCCUGGUCUUCGGAUAUAAAAGAUACAUUUGGAAUCGCGCCAACAUUCAAGGUGAAAACGGAAGCAUCACCGAGAUUACCACCGAGGAGAAGCCAACUUUGCCGCCAUUCAAUCCAUUCCUUUUCUUCCCACCAGCACUGUGCGAUAUUCUUGGAACAUCCAUCAUGUACAUUGGACUCAACCUGACCACGGCUUCGAGCUUCCAGAUGCUCCGUGGAGCUGUCAUCAUCUUCACCGGACUUCUCUCUGUCGGCAUGCUCAACGCUCAGAUCAAACCAUUCAAGUGGUUCGGAAUGCUCUUCGUUAUGCUUGGACUUGUGAUUGUCGGAGUCACUGAUAUCUACUACGACAGCAACCCACUUGAUGACAAGAACGCCAUCAUUACCGGAAAUCUUCUUAUCGUUAUGGCUCAGAUUAUCGUCGCUAUUCAAAUGGUCUACGAGCAAAAGUAUCUUACAAAGUACGAUGUGCCAGCUCUCUUCGCUGUCGGAUUGGAGGGGUUGUUCGGAAUGAUCACUUUGUCGAUUCUUAUGGUUCCAUUCUACUACAUCCAUGUGCCAAAAACGUUCUCGACCAACCCAGAGGGACGACUUGAGGAUGUGUUCUAUGCUUGGCAAGAGAUUAAAGAGGAGCCUACCAUCGCGUUGGCUCUUCUUGGAACUGUUAUCUCCAUCGCCUUCUUCAACUUCGCCGGAGUCUCUGUCACCAAGGAAUUGUCAGCUACCACUAGAAUGGUUUUGGACUCGAUCCGUACACUUGUCAUCUGGGUUGUAUCUAUUCCACUCUUCGGCGAGCAGUUCAUCGCCAUUCAGCUCUCCGGAUUCGCCAUGCUUAUUCUCGGAACCCUCAUCUACAACGACGUCCUUAUCGGACCAUGGUUCCGUCGCAACAUUCUCCCCAACCUCAGCUCUCACGCUACUUGUGCCCGUUUCUGGUUAUGCAUCUGCGGAGGUGAUUCGGAGCUCAUCGAAUACAACCAAGAUGAUCAGGAGCAUCUUCUCGAAGCCUAA